AACACAUGGCACCUGGUGAUGAUACAGAUUCAGAGGAUAACCUGCCUUCAGGCUGGGAAGAGCGAGCAACUGCUCAAGGUUGGGUGUACUACACAAAUCACAACACCAAAACUACUCAAUGGGAUCAUCCAUUGUCCGGUAAACGGAAGGUAAUCAAUGGCAGUUUGCCUUACGGAUGGGAAACUCAACUUGACAGUGAAGGAAAUGUUUACUUCGUUGAUCAUAUCAACGGAAGGACAACAUAUACAGAUCCUAGAUUAGCAUGUGCAACUGAAGUGGGUCCGACUUCCGGUAAAAAAGUAACCUUCAGUAGCAACAGCAGUGCUGCUGAAGUUUUAUAUGAAGUUGACUUGAAAAAUAAAUGCGCUCUUAUAACAGGAGGCACUUCUGGCAUUGGUUUCGAAACAGGUAAGGAGUUGGCAUUUCGUGGCUGCCAUGUUAUUGUUACCGGUAGAUCAGAAGCUCGCGGCAAAGAGGCUGUUGAAAAAAUGAAACAGGAGUUUAAAAGUCUACAAGUAGAGUUCAUGCCAGCAGAUUUGAGCAUUUUAGCAUCUGUCGUUUCUCUUGUCAAUCGAAUUAAAAUUAGAAACCUGCAAAUAAAUAUUCUUAUUCUUAAUGCUGCAGUUUUUGACCAGCCUUUUUCUACUACUUCUGAUGGCUUUGAGUCAACUUUUGAAAUAAAUUACCUGUCUCAGUGUUAUCUCAGCCUUCUACUUCUACCAAACCUCGCUAAGUCUUCUUUAGGCAGAAUUGUUUUUGUAUCGAGCGAAUCUCAUCGCUUUCAUAAUCUCAAUGGAAGCCCAAAGAUGCUGAAUUUUGAAGUUUAUUCUAAUCCCACAUAUAAGCAAUAUUCUGCUAAUGUAACGUACAACAGAACUAAGUUACUGAUGAUAUUGUUUUGUCGUGCUCUCCAAAGACAUUUAAUAAAGUCUCCAGUACUUUCAGUCUGUGUUCACCCAGGGAAUUUAAUAUACACUAAUUUAUACUUCUGUGGAGCAUCACGGCGUUUCGGCGCUUUAGCAUGGCUGUUGAGACCAUUCAAUAAAACUGCAAAUCAAGGAGCCGCAACUUCAUGUUACUGUGCCACCGCUCUCGAAGUUUGCUAUUAUCCUGGAGGGUAUUUCAACGGUUGCCGACCUGUAUUUGCUGCACAGGAAUGCGAGGAUGUCAAAAAUCAAGAUUUUGUUUGGAACUCCACCCUUAAACUGCUGAACGAAAAAACAGGCUACGAAUUUGUAUCACUUUCAAUGUGAAUGAAAUAUAGCUUAAUUUUAUUGCAAUUCUUUAUCAAAGUCUUAUAAUAUUU